AUGCGAUUUGAUAGCUGGGAGGCAGGUUUGGCAUUCUAUAGAAUGUAUGCUCAUGAGGUUGGCUUCUCUGUACGCGUAUGGACACAACACAAAGGAGAGGGUGGUGUAAUAAUCUGGAAGAAGUUUGUUUGCGCAAGACAAGGUUGGAGGAAGAGAAAAUCAGUGGAUCUAGGUCAAGUUACUCAAGAAGUGGGGAGAAAAAAGGCUAAAAGAAAUAUCAAGAUAAGCAGAUGCGGUUGCAAGGCUAUGAUGGGAUUGAAGAGGCAAGAUGACAACAAGUACGAGGUCGUCCAGUUUGUUCAAUCGCACACGCACCAACUUGUCUCACCAAGUAAGAGGCAUCUCAUCAGGUCAAAUAGAGAGGUAACUAGUGAUUUGAGAAACAAAUUAUUUACAUGCAGUAAGGCAUUGCUUGGCACUUCAAAAACUUUUCGCUUGCUUAGCAUAGAGAAGGGUGGGCCAGAAAAUAUCGGUUGCACAAAACAUGACUUACAAAACUGUCAGCGUGAUUUCAAGGCAGCGAUUAAGGGAGCAGAUGGACAACUUAUAGUAGAUAUAAUGGAAAAUAAAAAAAAGGCCAAUCCAGCAUUUUAUUUUGAUUACCAGGUAGAUGAGAACAAUAAACUGACAAAUAUUUUCUGGGCUGAUAGUAUAUGUAGAAAGAACUAUUCAUUAUUUGGUGACGUUGUAUCCUUCGAUUCUACAUAUCGGUUUAACAAGUAUGACCUGGUAUUUGCCCCUUUUACUGGAGUUAACCAUCACAAAUCUUGUGUUACAUUCGGUGCUGCAUUCUUGUCAAACGAGAAGAUUGCAUCAUACAAAUGGUUAUUUCAGACUUUCUUGAAAGCAAUGUGUGGGGUUGCACCAAAGCUAGUCAUAACCGAUGAGGAUCAAAGCAUGAGAAGAGGAAUAGAAUCUAUAUUUCCGAACACAAAGCAUCGACUCUGUAUGUGGCAUAUUCUGAUGAAACUCCCUGAAAAGGUUGGACCCAUCUUGAGAGACAAUGAAGAUUUUAAACCACGAUUCAUGGCAUGUGUCCGGGGAUCAGAGACUCCAGAUGAGUUCGAAUCACGGUGGUCCUCAAUAAUUUCUGAGUUUGGCCUAGAGGAUAAUGAAUGGUUGAAAGAGAAGUAUGGUUUACGGGAAUCAUGGAUUCCAGCAUACUUUAUGGAGUUCUCCCUUGGUGGAAUAUUACGUACAACAUCUAGAUCUGAGAGUGAGAAUGCAUUUUUUCGACACUUCACUAACCGAAAGCUUACCUUGAUUGAGUUUUGGGUAAGAUUUGAAACCGCUUUGGAAGAGCAACGACAAAAGGAGUUGCAAGAGGAUAAUUGUGCACUUCAUACCUUGCCAGUACUCGAGACUUGCUGGGGAAUUGAGGCUCAUGCCAGAGAAGUGUAUACUCACAAUAUUUUUGUUGCUUUCCAACGUGAGGUGGUGGCUGCUAGGGAUCGUCGUCAUGUCAAAACCAUUGAGCGGGUUGGUGAUGUCCGAACCAUGAGCAUUGGUGACCUUAGUGGAAGGAUAAUAACUGUCUGCUUCAACACUAAUACAAAGGCUGCACAAUGUACUUGUCGAAUGUUUGAAUCAUUGGGCAUACUUUGCUCUCACAUCAUUGUUGUCUUAAAGAAUGAUGGGUGUAAUGAAAUUCCUAGCCAAUAUGUGCUGCAUAGGUGGACUAAAAUGGCUGCACGACAUCUUUGCUAUGAUGCCAAUGGACAUGAGAUGGAAGGGUCAUCUACUUCUCUUUCACCUAUCAUCAAGAAAUUGUAUUCACAAACAUGGUCGCGGUUCAGCUUGGCAUUGCAUGAAGCUAGACAUUGUGAGGACAAGAUGGAAUACUUAAACAAAGUUGUUGCUGAUGCUCUUGCACACUUGAGGCAGACGGCGCCACUUGACGAACAAAGUAAAGUUCAAGAGUUUGAAUCCUUUAUUGGAACAACAUUCCCAAGCAUCAUCAAUAUUCAUCCCCCUGAUAUUGCAAAUACAAAGGGCAGUGGCAAGAGAUUGAAGAGGGGUUCAGAGGAGGCCAUUAACAAAAGGAAAAAGGUCAAUAAACCAUAA